AUGUCGGACCGUACCACAGCCAAUUCCCACGGCCACGGAGCUCCAGCAGACCGCAACGGAAAUCGCCAGACCGAGUCGGCAGGCAGGGAGAAUGCAAGCCAACAUGCCAGCUACUCACCCGAACGCAUUGAACAGAUCCGCCAGCAGGAAUCCGACCUGAACUACUACCGGAAGUUUCUAGAAGAUUUGGUCUCCGUCAUGCGUGAUGCUCAUAGCGAGUCCGUCGCUCGGAUCGUCUCGCUCAUUCGAUCCGGGGCGUCGAACGAGGAGAUCCACAUCGCCCUUCAACGCGUCCGGGACGAGAGCUGA